CAGAAUCUUCAGGAACACCAUUCUGAUCAAAAUGUCUGCUCUUGAAACCCUCUUUAAAUACAUUGAUGAACACCAGGACCUCUAUAUUCAGCGACUGGCUCAAUGGGUGGCAAUCCAGAGUGUGUCAGCAUGGCCAGAGAAGAGAGCUGAGAUCCAACGCAUGAUGGAGGCUGCUGCGAAGGAUAUUGAGCGACUGGGAGGCACCACCCAACUUAUGGAUAUUGGGAAACAAAAGCUGCCUGAUGGAUCAGAGAUCCCGCUGCCACCAAUUGUUCUGGGUACACUUGGCUCAGAUCCACACAAAAAGACGGUGUGUGUAUACGGUCACCUGGAUGUUCAGCCAGCAGCACUAGAGGAUGGCUGGGAUAGUGAGCCCUUCACACUGGUAGAAAGAGAAGGAAAGCUGUACGGGCGAGGAUCAACAGAUGACAAAGGUCCAGUGCUUGCCUGGCUGAAUGCCUUGGAGGCUUAUCAACAAACUAACCAGGAAUUUCCAGUAAAUGUUAAGUUCUGCCUGGAGGGCAUGGAAGAAUCAGGUUCUGAAGGCCUUGAUGAACUGAUUUUUGCUCAGAAAGAUGCUUUUUUCAAAGGUGUGGAUUAUGUUUGCAUUUCUGACAACUACUGGCUAGGCAAGAAGAAGCCUUGUAUCACCUAUGGCUUGAGGGGUAUCUGCUACUACUUCAUAGAGGUGGAAUGUAGUGACAGAGACCUUCACUCUGGAGUUUAUGGAGGUUCAGUACAUGAGGCCAUGACAGAUCUCAUCACUCUAAUGGGUUCUCUUAUAGACAAGAAAGGGAAAAUCCUCAUUCCAGGCAUUAAUGAAGCAGUGGCACCUGUUACUGAUGAGGAGCUGUCACUAUAUGAGAAGAUUGAUUUUGAUCUGAAAGAUUACACAAAAGAUGUAGGAGCAACAAAACUAUUGCAUGAUACAAAGAGAGAUAUCCUUAUGCAUAGGUGGAGAUAUCCUUCCUUGUCUCUCCAUGGAAUUGAGGGAGCCUUCUCGGCCUCUGGAGCCAAGACUGUGAUUCCUAGGAAAGUGAUUGGCAAGUUCUCAAUCCGGCUUGUGCCAAACAUGACUCCUGAAGAAGUAACAAAACAUGUUGAAGACUACCUGAGCAAAAAGUUUGCGGAGCUGCAGAGUCCCAACAAAUUCAGAGUAUACUUAGGCCAUGGUGGAAAACCCUGGGUGUCAGACUUUGACCAUCCCCACUACCUGGCUGGUAGGAAGGCUAUGAAGACAGUUUUUGGAGUUGAACCAGAUCUGACGAGGGAGGGAGGAAGCAUUCCUGUUACCCUUACUUUUCAAGAAGCAACAGGCAAGAAUGUCAUGCUGCUUCCUGUUGGAGCUGCAGAUGAUGGUGCCCACUCUCAAAAUGAGAAGCUAAACAGGUACAACUACAUCCAGGGGACGAAGAUGCUUGGUGCAUACCUCUAUGAAGUUUCCAAGCUGAAGGACUAAGUUAGACACCCUACCUUCUGCCUCAUGGAUCAGAAGUCUGAAUUAUAAAAUGUCACCAAUUGCCAAGUCUUACAUGGCUCCCCUUUUCUGCCAACAUUCUACUGCUUUGGUGGGGGAGAGGGAAGCAUGCAGUUCCACUUGACAAGCAACACUGUAUACCAAAAAUAUUUCUUUAAAUGCUUACUUCAAAUGACACAGGCUAUUCUUUAUUCGUCCAGUAGUCCUGAACUGCAUCUUUGUCCCCUCUUUGUCACUUCAAAGCUGUGGUUUUCUGUAUUCAUCUACUUUUCCUGUAAAGCAGGAGAAAUGUUUUGCUCUCAGCUGUUUAAGCAGCCACAUCAGUUGCAGAAUUGCCAGCCAAGUUUAAGGUUCUUAUUCCUGGAUAUGUCCUGGAAGUAGUCAAAGUGACAGACUGUGGGGCUAUACUGGAAUGUGUUCAAGCUGUAGUGAGGCAUCCGUCUUGCUGAGUGAUUUGGAAGAGUGGUUUGUCUCUUACAGUUUAUACCUGCCUGCAGGUUUCAAUUUCCAGUGAAUUAGGUUAUAACAAAGUUCACUGUGGUAAUAACUACUGGCCGUCUUUUUGUAAAGCUGCCAUUGUACUCCCUAAAAAGGACAAUAAAUAAUCAUGUUCUAG